UUCGCCCUCCGCUCGCUCCUUCCUCUGUUCGCUUUAUCCCCUCCUCCCGCAGAUGCAUCUCGAUUGAACUCCACAUCGCCGAUCUACUCGCCUAGCGCACGCGACUGCUAUCCUUUGAAGAGAUCGUGGCGGGGGAAGAGGUCAGAGGUGGUGGAGGCGGCGCCGCCGCGGCGUUCAGUGGCGUGAUGGACGGAGGAGGCGGGGGGUGGAGAGGAGGAUGCUUGUGCCGCCGUAGGAGAAGGCGAUGCCGGCCGUCCGGGUGGUCAGGACUGCAGCGGCCCAGCGGGACUCAAGCAGCGGUGGUGGAAGUUCAAGAUGGAGGAAGAAGAUGAUGUAUGGUGCCACGGGCAAGAAGAUGGGGAGCCGCCUGACAAUGGCGGCGAUAGGGGCUGGCUGGACGCCCUGUACACACAGGAGGCAUGCCCUUUGCCCACGUUGACCACAACGGAAGGUUGGCUCCCGCCGGCGUCUUUGACUGCUCGUUGACUAGCUUGACACCGCGAUCUUCUGGCAAGUCCUAACCUAGUGCGUCCCCCCUGACACGACCCCGGCGUCACCAAGUCCACCGUCGGCGUCUCCGGUGUCACCGCAUCCACGGCCUGCAUGCCCACGUCCGCGGUCGGCAUCUCCGAUGUAACUCUGUCCCCGGCUAGCAUGCCUUCGUCGCUGCCGGCGUUGCCGCGUCCUCGGCCGGCGUCUCCGCGUCCAGCGAGUUACGAGGGCACGCCGCCGGCGCAGCAACGGCACGCUGCCACUUCCUUCUCCACUUAGUACUACUAGUACUGUAGUACUACUUGGGAACAUAUGGCAUGGGCUGGGAGUGGGACAAAGCGUGUGAGGGCUCAGGGCUUUCUCGUCCAAAAGCUUCCGCCAGCGCAUACAUUGGUACGUGUGCUGCAAACUAUGCGCACUAGAUUGAGGAACGGAGGGAGUACAUACAAUGUGCAUCAUCCAGGCCAAGUGGAUAUAUGAACUCAAUUAUGAAUCAUACCAUGUAGGACCUUUGCUUGUUUUCAGUGACAAUCUGACAGCUCCAUCUUACUAGGUUGUUGCUUGCUUGCUUGCUUGUUUGCACAUACAUACACAAAGUUCCAAAGCUAUACUAGUACUAAAUGGAGCUGGAGGCUGAAGCAAUGCAUGGUACAUGCAUAUCCAUAUCCUGCAUUUGGGCAUGCCAAUGAUCAGGGCAACACCAUGCAUGUCACAUGGAAACAUUUGUAUAGUUUUGCAUCACACACAAAGUGCACACGCACUGUUUGAAAUGCACUCCUCCUCCUGAGCUAGUAGGAGCACUGUUAAUUAAUAUUAGCAGCAGUUUCUGCAGGUGGGGCCAACCCAAGAUUAAACAAGACUCUUGCAGGGGCUGUCUGCUCUUGGAGGGGCAGUGCCUGGCCGUCCUUCAUGCAAGUGCGUGCCACUGGGUCUCUUGUUGCUUGGCAUGCCAAAAAGGUGGGCUGCCAAAAGCAAAAAUAUGUGUCUACCUAGUGUCCAGUGACAAGCAUUCGCCAUUGGAGGCAGCCAAGCAGCUGCUUCUGCGUUUAUAAAUGAGCACCUCCCUGCAACUGCAACUUCCAUUCCCAGUUUGAGCAUCAACACCUGAUCUUUAGUCUUUCCUCCGUUCUAUCUUGCUUGUCCCUUGCAAGUUUGAGUGCAGAACGAGCUGAAGAGAGCUAGAUAGACAAGGGAGAGGACAAGUUCUUGGCUUAUAAUUACAGGUUUAGAGCAAGUUUUGAGUUUGAGGAGAGAUGGGCAAGCUUGUGAGGCAAUGUGACAUGGAGGUCAUGAAGAUGGCCAUGCUCAAGCACGAAGAGACCUUCAGGCAACAGGUUCACGAGCUACACCGCCUGUACCGCAUCCAGACACAGCUCAUGGGGGGCGACCUGAGCACGCGCCGGCAGCCGCGGCGGCGCGGCAACAAGCAGCCACGCCGGGCGCUCAACCUGCAGCUCCCCGCCGACGAGUACAUAGUCGGAGCCGCCGACGAGGACGACGACGGCUGCGGCACCGGAGCAGAGCUGGAGCUGACGCUCGCCGUGGGAGGGAGGAGGACCGGCUCCGGCACUUCCCGCAAGAACAACGUUAGCAAGAGAGGACAUGCCAAACACGACGGCGCCGGCGGCUUCUCCUCACCCUUCGCUUCCGACUGCUCCGGCGGCACGAGCCUCUCGUCGUCGCCGCCGUCGUCGGCCGAGUACUCGGAGAGCGCCUUCGGGGUGGCGCUCCACGGCGGUUACCCGGGGGUGGCCGCGCCUCCGCCGCCAUGCCAGAGAGCCAUGACGUUCGACCUCGGCGUGGCGGAGGCGAUGAAGCAGCACCAGUCGCCCUGGCAGCUGGUGCAGUGCCAGUACCUCAGCCUCAGGAUGACAUGAAUGAAUCAACUCCUUCGAAGCUCGUUGAUCAUAUAUAUCAUCAUCAUCCAAGCCAUGGCCAUGGCAUGAUCGCAUCGUACUACUUAGUAGGUUGUGUUGCAUUGUAGAAGCAGUAGCUAUGGAGUAUUCCUUAUCUUUUCUUUCCUUUUUUGCUGUUGCUUAGAUGCGUGCCAUUGAUGGAGCUUGGGGAGGAUCGAGUUCUGAAUUCCGAUCCUGAUCCCAAGCUGCUAAUUGCUUAAUCAUGACAAAUGAGUGCAUGCUGAUUGAUUAGUCAUCGAUGUUCAGAGCUGAGACUGGUGUGAAUUGAUGAAUAAUAUGCCAUGUUCAUGAUUUGUA